GCCGCUGUUACGGAAGGAUGUGUUUAUUUAUGUUUGUGCGACAAUGAUUCUCGAGUAUCCUUACAGGUUAUGUUUACGCGUGUUGUCGGGUUAGAUCGAGAACGAACGUUUGAAUUGUCGCGCGUUUAAUAAAUUAUCUCACUAUUGUCUAUUGCAAGGAACUUCAAUUUCAUCUCAACAUCUAAUUCUACAACUUUACGAGGAAGAUCCAAGGGAAAUUCUCUACGAGCAGAAUUCAUCAGGAAAAUCAACUUUAAGAAGAAGGAUCGAAAGGAAGGUAAAUGCAAGUGAAUCGAAGAAAUUGCGUUGCCCGUGGGCAUAGACGCGCGUGAAAAGGGCCACCGAAGGGCCGGGACGCGCUGGGUUUUCGAGAUGAGCUAUGAAUCUGGGCUAUCUGGUAGCCUCCGCUUUCAUCCUUCAGCUGCUUCGGCUGCCGUUUGUCGUCGAAACUUUACCCUCAGUCGUGAAAAUCGGAGCUAUUUUCACUCAUGACCAAAAGGAUAGCAGUACGGAAUUGGCAUUCAAAUACGCCGUAUACAAGAUCAACAAGGACAAAAUUAUUUUGCCGAAAACUACGUUGGAAUAUGACAUUCAGUACGUGCCCAAAGAUGAUUCCUUUCACGCGUCGAAGAAGGCGUGCCAUCAAGUCAAGCACGGUGUUCAAGCAGUGUUCGGUCCUUCGGACCCUAUACUCGGUCAACACAUACACAGCAUCUGUGAUGCACUCGACAUUCCGCAUCUCGAGGCCAGGCUGGACCUGGACGCGGAAGCGAAAGAGUUCAGUAUCAAUUUACAUCCCGCACAAAGUUUACUCAACGGCGCUUAUCAGGACGUCAUGGAAUUUCUCAAUUGGACCAAGGUGGGAAUCAUUUACGAGGAGGAUUACGGAUUGGUGAAGUUACGUGAACUCGUGAGAUCGCCCAAAUCUUGCGAGAUGGAAGUUCAUCUCAGACAAGCCGACCCAGACUCUUACAGUCAAGUCUUGUCCGAGAUGAAAAGCAAGGAAAUUCGAAAUCUCAUCGUGGAUACGAGACCGGAUCACAUGCAUCACUUUUUACGAAAGAUAUUACAGCUCCAGAUGAACGAUUACAAGUAUCACUACCUCUUUACGACUUUCGAUAUCGAGACUUUCGACCUCGAAGAUUUCAAGUACAAUUUCGUCAAUAUCACUGCCUUCCGUUUGGUCGACGCCGAUGACGUGGGGGUGCGAGGCAUCCUCAGGGAUAUGGAACGUUAUCAGCCAGCCGGAAAUACGAUUCUGAAUAAGUCGAAAGUUAUUCAGGCGGAACCAGCUUUAAUGUACGACAGUGUACAAGUUUUCGCAGUGGGUUUAAGGACUCUUGAACAAUCGCACGCUUUGAGGCCUGCCAAUAUUUCCUGCGAGCUCGAACAUCCCUGGGAUGGUGGAUUGUCUCUUAUUAAUUACAUCAAUUCCGUCGAAAUGAAAGGAAUUUCCGGUCCUAUAGAAUUUAAAGAAGGGCGCAGAAUUCAAUUUAAAUUGGACUUACUAAAGUUGAAGCAGCAUUCCUUGGUUAAGGUAGGAGAAUGGCGUCCUGGAGUUGGGGUCAACGUCACGGAUACCGCAGCAUUCUACGAAGCAAGUUCAGCCAAUGUAACACUGAUAGUUAUCACAAUAUUGGAAACACCGUAUGUGAUGAUGCACUACGAAAAGAACUACACCGGGAAUUCGCGGUUUUAUGGUUUUUGCGUGGACCUGCUCGAGGCGGUGGCAAGAGAAGUCGGAUUCUCGUAUCGACUGGAUUUGGUACCUGACAGGAAGUACGGUGCAAGAGAUCCUGAAACAGGCGAAUGGAACGGCAUCGUCAGAGAACUCAUGCAACAUGAGCAGCCAUACGUAAUGGUGAGGAGCAGAGGGAAUUUGAGUGAAAACGAGCGUUACGAGGGCUUCUGCAUCGACCUGCUGAAGGAGAUAGCACACAUGGUGGGCUUCACCUACAGGAUCGAGCUCGUGCCGGAUGGCAAGUACGGCGUUUACGAUUACGAGACCGGCGAAUGGAACGGAAUAGUUCGCCAACUGAUGGACAAGAAAGCUGAUUUAGCAGUAGGAUCAAUGACGAUUAAUUACGCACGAGAGAGUGUCAUUGACUUUACGAAACCCUUCAUGAAUCUUGGAAUUUCCAUUCUAUUUAAGGCUCGACAGGUGCCAACCAGCCAUCCUGCGCGACUAUUCUCGUUUAUGAAUCCAUUGGCGAUCGAGAUUUGGUUGUACGUCUUAGCAGCCUACGUUUUGGUAUCCGUGACGAUGUUCGUCGUUGCAAGAUUCAGCCCGUACGAGUGGAAUCAUCCUUAUCCUUGUCACGUAGGCCCAGAAGUCAUCGAAAAUCAAUUUUCUCUGUCGAACAGUUUUUGGUUCACAAUUGGUACACUUAUGCAACAAGGCAGCGAUUUAAAUCCAAAGGCGACCAGCACGCGUAUAGUCGGUGGUAUAUGGUGGUUCUUUACUUUAAUAAUCAUCUCAUCGUACACGGCUAAUUUGGCGGCAUUUUUAACCGUAGAAAGAAUGAUCACACCUAUAGAAAAUGCCGAAGAUCUUGCAAGUCAGACUGACAUCACUUAUGGUACUCUAGACAGUGGUAGCACGAUGACCUUUUUUAGGGAUUCGAUGAUCGAAACUUAUAAGAAAAUGUGGCGUUUUAUGGAAAACCGGAAACCAUCUGUAUUCGUGCCAACUUACGAAGAAGGAAUUCAACGAGUACUUCAAGGAGAUUAUGCAUUCUUGAUGGAGUCAACGAUGUUGGAUUACAUCGUACAAAGGGAUUGCAAUCUCACGCAAAUCGGUGGUCUUUUAGAUAGCAAAGGUUACGGGAUAGCUACACCUAUGGGAUCUCCUUGGCGGGACAAAAUAUCUCUGGCGAUUUUGGAACUUCAAGAAAAGGGUGAAAUUCAAAUGUUAUAUGAUAAAUGGUGGAAGAGUCCUGGCGACACCUGCAUGAGAACUGAAAAAGGAAAGGAAAGUAAAGCCAACGCUUUGGGAGUCGACAAUAUAGGUGGUGUUUUCGUGGUUUUACUUUGCGGAUUGGCAUUUGCCGUGCUGAUAGCAAUCUUCGAAUUUUGUUACAACUCGAGAAGAAAUGCACCAGCCGAACGAAGAGGACCGAUAGCUAUGCCUACCUGUUCGGGGUCUCUACAAGGUAUUUCUCAAACGGUACAACAACAACAGCAACAACAACAGCAACAACAACAACAACAAACGAAUCAACAAAAUCAACAACAAAAUCAACAACAAGAAUCGCUCUGUUCGGAAAUGGCUCGAGAAUUAUGUCGUGCUUUGCGUUGUCACGCGUCCUCUCGACGACGGCGUGCAUGCGAAAAAUGUUCGACCCACGUAAUCGGUUAUCCACCGGAUAAUAACCCCACUGCCACCCCCAUUAACGGGAUGAGAUCCCAGAGAAGCAGCCUGGGUAUGCCUACGGUCGAAUUGCAACCAGCACACAUACAUGCGCAUCAUCACGCAUCACCGCACGACUAUGAUGGCAAUUAAGAGCUAAAACGCUCUGGAAAUUAUUGACGAUCACAAUAAAUUAAUCCGUUAUCGGGUUAAUAUCAGAGGACGAGAAAUAUCAAUAUUUGAUGAUCCUAUUUAAAAAAAAAAGAAAAAAAGAAAAGAAAAAGAAAAAACAUCUUUUUGUGUCGUACUCGUUCUCUAUUCUCGUGUGUCACAGUGUUAUCGAUCCACGAUUCCUUAUCUUUUCUUUUUUCUCUCUCUGUCUUUCUCAUUUUUGUUUUUGCUAUUUUUUUGUUUUUCUCUUGGAGAGAAGGGAGGGAUUUAAAAUACAACACCGCUGCACAAUUCUUCUCGAUAAUAUUUGCAUUCGGUAAAUCCGUCGACUUACGUACGUUACGUCUACCUCUUUUGUAAUAAUAAUCAAAUAAUAAUAAUAAUAAUUAAUAAUCAAUAUUCUUGUCCCAACAGUAUAUUA